UUCUGAAAAUGAGCAAGUGGAUGGAUUCAUCCGCGAAACCCAGCUGAAUUGUUUUGCCCCCCCUAACUCUACUGGUGAAUUAGAGGGACCACAACCGCCACUACGAGUAGUUUAUCGAGCAACAUGGAAUCAGAAUAUCUUAUAUGGUACACUGAAAUGGUGGGUCGGAGAGAUGGAGAAACAAAAUGCCAACGAGAUUUACCGAAUUAUAUAUGAGGAGGCUUCACAUGAUGUCAAGCAGCAUGGGAUUGGCGUGGGAAAAAAUAUGAGUGAGGAUGGCAGCAAGAAGAAAUUUAUCAGUAGAGUCUCGACCAAAUUUGGACAUAUGAGGGGGAAUUCAAAGUCCAGCAAGGACAAGGAUUUUGCGGAUUGGUGUGACAGGGUUGUCACCAGGGUUGAGCACGAGGUUGCACAAAAAAUUUUGUUAGUGCCUGAUAAACAGUACACCGGAACUACGCCUCAAUACGUCGCACUCAAACAUCUGAUCGAUUCUCAAGGUAUUGCCGGCGCGGACUUUGUUCAUGAGUUGCAAACAUAUUAUCGUUGCAUGAAUUCCGGGAGAAUCCCCCAACUCUACGGAAUAUCACGUGAUCCAGAGACGAAAGAUUUUGUAUUGGUGACUCAAUACGCACCUGGCAAUAAUCUCCGUCAACACAUCAACGAAAAUUUCGAGAAUAUGGAUUGGUGGCGAAAAGUUGCCCUGGUGUUCGACAUAGCAAAAGGUUUGAGGACAAUUCAUGGCUACGGUUUCGUUCACCACAAUUUCCACAGCGGAAAUGUGUUGAUCGAUCUUGACCCCAAUGAUCCGACCAUAACGCCGCAGGAGAGAAUGGAGCGACUCAGUAAAAUGUCUUCAACGUUCAGGCACGAAGCACUUAUAUCAGACUUGGGCAUCUCGAUUCCAGCGACGGAAUUUUCAAAACCAUAUAAAAAGAAACGAUACGGGGUUCUACCUUACAUGGCACCCGAGGUCUUACAAGGUGGCGAGUGUUCGCGGCCAUCAGAUAUUUACAGUUUUGCUAUUGUAAUGUGGGAGCUGACAUCCGGCGAACUGCCAUAUCAGUCAAUUCCACAUGACAAGAAGUUGGCUAAAGAAAUUUGCGACGGUAAGAGACCGGAGAUCACCCAGGACACACCGAAGUUUUAUGCAAAUUUGAUGGAAAGGUGUUGGGAUCAGUCGGCCUCGAAAAGACCGGACAUCAAUGAAAUCGUGAAGACGAUUGGAAAUUGGAGAAGACCUCAUGUCACAGAUUCUAAAUUAUUUGAUGAGGCGGAAAAAAUUAGAAAGUCAAUAUUGGUGGAAAAAGGAGGCACCGGAAGGGAGAGUGUACACGAAGAGGCGUUUCUUCGACCGUGUAUUGACUUAUUUCGUCAAUAUUCUCGCCUGAAACAUGACCAUGUUUCCAAGAAGCACGAUCAUCAAGGGAAAGUAAUUGACCAAGAUAUAAGUCGAGCCUACGAAAGACCACAAAAUUUUAAUACAGAUCAGCACAACACUCAUCAAGAUUCUUGGAAAGAAUCCAUUUUACUUGAUCCAGAAGGCCCAUACAGUUAUAAGCUCCCUAGGCAAAAAAGAGCGCCACCGCCGGAGAGUUGGGAUUUUAAACAUCUAUCGGAAUUCGAACAAAAAGUCUUCAUGAACCCAUACGGUGAGAAUUUGGCGGCGAUAAUUGGAUCUCCUAUACGCAAGUGCUUUUAUCACGAACGUUGGUUUGCAAAUGCGAAGGAUGAGGCGACAAAUUCGACAUGGAUCGUGCCGGAUUUUGUUAAUGAUGAGGGAGCAAGGAGACCUGGUAAAGGGAGAUGGUUAAAAGCUAGUUCGAAAGUGAUUCAGGCUGUUGCAAAAGAAGGUGAUAUAUACUUCAACAAGAUGCUAGUAGAAAAGGCGACAGGAAGACUGCAAAAAUUUUUUAGAAUAAUACCGAGUCGAAGAUUUCCAGCGAGGAGGGAUAGAGUGCUGUUACACGUUCUGUCGGAAAAUCCUUUCGAGAAAAAUUCCGAUAAAUCAUCUAUGAAUAUCGAAUCCCAAAUUUCAUCGACACUUCAUUUCAUCGGAAAGGAGAUUAAUGACGGAAAUGGGGAAGAUGACGGAAAGUGUGAAAUACAAAGGUUCUAUGUAAAUAAUGCAAAACCGAUUGAUGGAUUGCAAUGCGUUUUUGAACUUGAGCUGCGCAAGGGUCGAUCAAAAAUUAAUGGACAGUAUGAGAAGCUUGAUGGUAAUGUUGAUUCAGCACCAACGGAAGGAACAUCGCAAGGAUCUUCGGAGUUUCCGGAAUAUUUUCAACAAGUCGGUGAACCCGGGGAAUCCAAAGUUCCACCAAAACCAUUUGGUACGAUACACCCCGUGACGUAUAGAGUGUUGGAUGGAAAUGACGGGUUCAUAGAAUACCAAACACAAUUUGUACCAUUUUAUAAUAUUUAUGACAUUUGGGGUGUGGAAGGUGUUGCGAGGUUUAAAGGAUUUAUGAAAAUUCCGAGUCACAAAAAUCCGAGGUUGGGAUUGAUAACUCACAAAAACACAAAACAACUGGCCCUUAGUCUGUGGAAGCUUAGGGGGUUUGUCGUGUGA